AAUAGAUGGGGAUGCGGAACCGGGGAGCUCACAACUACAGAUAAACAAACACACAAUAACACACUAUACACACACUGUACACACACAACCCCGAUAACACACAACACACACUAUAGCACACUGAUACACUGAGCGGAUGAUGCUGGAGUUCAGGACUGAUGAUUAUUAGCUGAAGGAUCCUGACGGUGUUUCUGAUCCUGAUGAUGUUCAGCAGAUUUCUGAUCUCUGGAUUCUGAUGGAUUCAGACUCUUCCUGCUGAGAUCUGAGGGAUGGUUCUGUGGGCCGGCGGUUCUGCUGCUGCAGGUCGGUAACGGAGAGUCGUCCACGUUCAGCGCCGCCAUGUCCUCCGCCUGCACCUCCGCCUUCACCGCGCUCCCCGCAGGAAGUGACAUCACCGGUGCUACGGUGACCAGCCAGUCUCCGGACCGGACCGGGUACACGUCGGAGCGCCACGCCCGCCUGCUGCUGUCCCACAUGAACCGGCUGCGGCUGCGCUCGGACUUCUGCGACGUGCGGCUGCUGGUGGGCGGCCGGGUCUUCCAGGUCCACCGGCUGGUUCUGGCGGCGAGCGGGCCGUACUUCAGCGCCCUGUUCUCCGGGGGGAUGAGCGAAGCUCGGGAGGAGGAGGUGCAGAUCACCGGGGUGGAUGCUGAGGUGUUCCAGGUGCUGCUGGAGUUCAUUUAUACAGGUUCUAUAGACGUGACGGUGGAGAACGUGCAGGAGCUGAUGGUGGCUGCAGAUAUGCUGCAGCUCAGUGAGGUGGUUGCCAUAUGCGGCGAUUUCCUGCGGAGUCACAUGGAGGCUUCUAACUGUGUGGGGAUCUACCAGUUCCUGGAGCAGAUCGGCUGCCUGGACCUGCUGGAGUUCACCGAGAACUACAUCCACGUCCACUUCCUGGAGGUGUGUGUAUCGGAGGAGUUUUCCAGUCUUUCUAAGGAUCAGCUGGUGCGUUUGCUGCGCAGUGAGGAGUUACGGAUCGAGGACGAGUAUCAGGUUUUCACGGCGGCGAUGAACUGGCUCCUGUUCGAUAUUUCACACCGGAAAAAAUACGUGGUGGAGAUUCUAGAACCCGUCCGGUUCCCCCUGCUCUCGCCCCAGAGACUCUUCAAAUACAUCGAGGGUGUUUCGGACUUCAGCCUGCGGGUGGCGCUGCAGACGCUGUUGAGAGAAUACACUGAGGUCAGCAAAUCACCCAAAGAGAAUAAAACGCUCAGCCUCCUGCAGCCCGCCAAAACACGCCCACGGAGAAAAGCACGCAAAUACCUCUACGCCAUCGGGGGGUACACUCGUCUGCAGGGUGGGAGAUGGAGUGAUAGUCGGGCUCUGAGUUGUGUGGAGCGUUUUGAUUCGUUCAGUCAGUUCUGGACCACAGUCUCCUCCCUGCACCAGGCCCGCAGCGGACUGGGCGUGGCCACGCUGGAGGGCAUGAUCUACGUGGUGGGAGGUGAGAAGGACUCGAUGAUAUUUGACUGUGCUGAGAGAUACGACCCCGUCACUAAGCAGUGGGCGGCGGUUUCCUCCCUCAACUUCCCCCGCUGUGGAGUCGGAGUGUGUCCCUGCCACGGAGCUCUAUACGCACUCGGAGGCUGGAUCGGGUCUGAGAUCGGGAAGACGAUGGAGAGAUUUGAUCCGGAGGAGAAUAAGUGGGAGGUGAUCGGGAACAUGCCGGUACCGCGCUAUUACUUCGGCUGCUGUGAACUACAAGGUUUUAUCUAUGUGAUUGGUGGGAUCAGUGAUGAGGGGGCGGAGCUCCGCUCGGCGGAGGUGUAUGACCCGAUCUCCCGGCGCUGGAGCUCUCUGCCGGUGAUGGAGACCCGCCGGGCAUAUGUGGGCGUGGCCAGUCUCAAUAACUGUAUCUACGCGGUGGGCGGCUGGAACGAGGCGCUGGGAUCUCUGGAGACGGUGGAGAAAUACUGUCCAGAGGAGGAGAAGUGGGUGGAGGUGUCGUCGAUGGCGGUGGCUCGCGCGGGCGUUAGCGUAGCGGCGGUGAACGGGCUGCUGUACGCGGUGGGUGGUCGAGCCUCCAGCAGGGAUUUCUCGGCGCCGGUCACGGUGGACUCGGUGGAGAUUUAUGACCCUCACCUGGAUACCUGGACUGAGAUCGGCAACAUGAUCACCAGCCGCUGCGACGGGGGUGUGGCCGUGCUGUGAUUCCACAGACUGUAAAUGUUAUUGUUACUGUUAUUAAAGCGACGCUUCGGCGAAUAUCGAAUUUACACCAUUUUCGCCCUGCUUACCGUAAUCGUACUCCUGUACGUAACAUGACUUCGCUAAUAGGCGAUAUAUUGUGGGCGAUUAAAUGGGGUUAAAUUUGAUUGGCUGGCUGAACUAUCGCUUUAAUGGACUUUCUUACGCACACUUCUGCACUGGACAUCUAUAGUGAUGAUUACAGGAGACACGUCUAAACAGUUAUACUGACGUAUAUAACUGUUUAUUAAUGUUUAAUAAAUAUCAGCCAAAACAUUAGUACCACUUAAAGAGUAUACUACUGCAAUAAAAUAAAUAUACCGUAUUUUUCGCACUAUAAGCUACUCCUAAAAUCCUUUAAUUUUCCCCAAAAUCAUCAGAGCUCCUUAUAAUCCGGUGCUCCUUAUGUAUGAAUUCUAUCAGUCAGGUAUUAAGGAGCAGUAAAGACACUCCACUGAAGUACAGAGUUAUACAGGAGUUUCAGUAAAGUUUCUCCAGCACCCAGACUGGAGCAGCAUUAGCAUUAGCCUCUAACUGCUAUCUCCCCGUUCAGAGGUGAGUAUUAUCAACCAGUAGCCUGUUGCUAACCCCAGCUAGCACUGCUGGAGCACUAUUCGCAUUAGCUGCUAACCGCAGCGCUAGCUCUUUCACUGUUCAGAGGUGAGUAUAUCGGACUGUAAAAACAAGCUAUGUGGGACGAACCGCUAGCAGUUAGCCGUUAAUUCUAAUUCUAAUGCUCCAGCCUUAGUGCUGGAGAAAUUAGGGAAUCUAAUCUUACUGUAAAUAAAACAGAAGUGCUUUACUCAACAAAAUAAACAGUUUUCAGGAGAGAUAAUCUGGGUAGAUUAACAACCAGCACUCGAUUAACUUUAAAAGAAAGUAUUUUUUAAUUACAGUUUUGUUUAUUUAGCUUAGCUUUACUUAACUUAGUACAUUAGAAGUUCCUUAGAGUGUCUCUUAAAACACGCCUCAUAAUCUAGUGACCCUUAUAGUGCAAGAAAUAUGGUAAUUAUUUUAUUUGGUCUAAAUAUAAUAGCUUUAUGCUUUAUACAUUCAGCAGAAACAAAAAAGUGUUUUUUUUUCUUAAACAGUACCUUACCGAAAUUGGGUUUUUCGCGAUAUUACCCCUAUUACCCCUAUUACCCCUACUCAGUGCCUACUAAAUAAGAGUCCAAGGAAUGAGAACCAGUGACUGGGCAAAAACAGGGUCACGGCACCAAUUCUCCCUAACGCUCGUGGAGGCUCCGCCCACGGAUCUUGUGUAACGUUAGUCCUGGUACAGAUACUACAGAACACCUCCGGAGGUCUUGUAGAGUCUAAGAGUAGGAAUCACAGUGUAUCCCACGAUACGAUAUUUUCACGAUACUUUUCCCACGAUAUCUCCACGAUUCUUUACGAUACUUCAUGGUAAAUGUGUUACUGAAGAGGAUAAAAUACUCAAUUAUUGAUAUUCAACGACAUGCAUCAUUAGCAUAUCACAAGCUAAAUUUAUACGAUAUAUCGCCGUAUCGAUGUAUUGUCCCUCCCCUGGUGUAGACCUACUGAACAGUAGGCAGGUGGUCCUUAUGUUAUGGCUGAUUGGUGUUGUAAGUGUUUACUGAUGUUUAUAACUUAAACUGGGUUUAAGACUGGACUCGCUCUGAGUGUAUAUAGUAUGAUUAUAUAUAUAUAUAAGAGGAUGAAGGAGAUUUGAAUUAAGGAUUUGGUACACGCCCACUGUUUUGCAUAGUUGAGUGUUUAAGUUGUGAACAGAGUGAUUCUGAGUUUCUGCGUUUGAUAUGAAAUUCUACGCCCUAGAUAAAGUUUUGUAGUUAUGAAAAGUUAGAAAUUCACUGUCUGACCCCUAAAUCACUGAUUUAUCAGAGAUCUGAGAAAAUCUACAGUCUAAAAAUCGCAUAUCAUUAAAACAGUGGAGGGAUACAUACGCGACAUGCAGGCCGUGGUGCGGCAAAAAAAAAUAGUCCCCAAGGAAAACUGUACUUAUGCAGCUUCAAUAAAAAUACUAAAUGUACUAAUAAUAGUAUGUAUAGUAAAUACACAUCAUAGUUGUAACUUUAACGUUAAAAAGACGUAAAAAAAUUAAGAGCUGUUUGUUAAAAUUAUGUUCAGUUUCGAUUGAAGGUAAAAGUUGAAAAGACGAAAAAAGUAAAAAAAUUUAACUUUCAACCAAACAUAUUCGCAGAAAAUACAUCCUUAUGUAAACAUCUUUUCAGCUACUUGAAAAAGACGUCUAUUCAUAGAACAUAUGCCCUUAUGUAAACAUCUUUUUUAGCUACUUUAAAAAAAACGUCUUUUCAACGUUAACUUUCAAACAAAUCGAUUAGUGGAAAAUGUCCUUAAACAUCUUUUCAACCAUUUCAGAAAAACAUCUAUUCAUAGGAAAUAUGUCCUUACAUAAAUGUCUUUCAACUUCUCCGAAGACGUCUUUUUAAUAUUAAUGUUCAACUUUCGAACAACUUUAAAAGGACAUCUUUUCAAUGUUAACUUUUAACCAAAUCUAUUCGUAGAAAAUACAUUCUUAUUUUCAACCGCUUCAAAAAGAGGUCUAUUCAUAGCAGAUGUUUUUACGUUUAUGAUAGAAAAUAUGUCCUCUUGUGUAAACGUAAACUCAGCUGCUUUAAAAAGACGUCUUUUCAAAGUUAGUUUUCAACCAAAUCUAUUUAUAGACGAUAUGGCCAUAAACAUUUCAACCCCUUCAAAAACUUGUCUAUUAAAUAUUAACUUUCAACCAAAUUUAUUUGUAGAAAAUACGUCCUUACAUAAAUGUCAUUUCAACUACUUUUACAAAAUGUCUUUUCAAUGUUAACUUUUAAACAAAUUUAUUCAUAGAAAAUUUUCUUUUUAAACAUCUUUUCCACCACUUCUAAAAAAACGUCUUUCAACCAAAAUUAAACGUAGUUUCAAGAAAAAGCUCGGACGUAUUUUCUGUGCAGUAAACAGUUGUGACGUAACUGCUAUCUCAUUAUUUAUAAAUAUUCUGAGAUAUUAUGUUAUUAUUUUGAGAUACUAUAUCAUUAUUUUGUGAUAGUAAGUCAUUAUUUUGAAAGAAUUUUUUUUUUUUCCAAAAGCAAACACACUAGCUAUCUCAAAUAAUGACUUAAUAUCUCAAAAUAACUUCAUAACAUUUCAAAAUAAUGAGAUAGUAUCUCAAAAUAAUUGCUUGUUAUCUCAAAAUAAUGAGAAAGCAGUUUACUUAAUAAUAAAAAGAAAAAAAAUAUUUUUUUUAUUUUGUUAAUUUUAUGUUGGGGAAUGGGCUUCCAUAUUAAAGUGAUUUAUUUCUGUGAGAAAAACUAUCCUGUUAAAAUAGGUUUUUAUUUUUAUUUUCAGCACCAAAAUAGUGUUACACCACUACUGUUACAAAUCAAUAACCCUCUUUUGAUAAAAACUAAACUUUUUUGUUUUUUUUAGUUAUAUGGUAACUUUUGCUCCGGCGCCCCUCUGAUCAUAGAGCUUACGCUUAUGAAGGAGUGCAGUAGUGGGCGGAGCCUGUAGGUGGGCGGUACAGUAGUGAAGGGGGUGUGAUUUGUGUGUUUUUGGUGAGUGUUGGUGCAUCAGUGCCUCUCCGGCUGCUGUAAACGCUGGAGGUCGAGGUCACCGUGUUGAUCAUGAAUGACAAUCAGCACUUUUAAUUAUUACUGAAUUAUUAUCUGACACAAAAAACAUAUCUGAUAAAUACACUGAUAGAUCUGUAAUGUUUGGGAAAUUCCUGCCUUCUUUUAAACUUUUGAGUUUUCUGAAUAAAGUCUUAAAUUUCAACAACUUCAACUUUCUAAAUAAUGGAGUUCACACAUUAAGUAAAAGUGGCUCAAAUCCUAAAAAAACACACUUAUAGAAUACAGCUCUGUAAAAAUGAAGAGAACAUUUAAGUUUCUGAAUCAGUUUCUCUGAUUUUGCUAUUUAUAGGUUUAUAUUUGAGUAAAAUGAACAUUGUUGUUUUAUUCUAUAAACUACAGACAACAUUUCUCCCAAAUUCCAAAUAAAAAUAUUCUCAUUUAGAGCAUUUAUUUACAGAAAAUGAGAAAUGACUGAAAUAACAAAAAAGAUGCAGAGCUUUCAGACCUCAAAUAAUGCAAAGAAAACAAGUUCAUAUUCAUAAAGUUUUAAGAGUUCAGAAAUAAUCAAUAUUUGGUGGAAUAACCCUGGUUGGUUUUUAAUCACAGUUUUUUUCAUGCAUCUUGGCAUCAUGUUCUCCUCCACCAGUCUUACACACUGCUUUUGGAUAACUUUAUGCUGCUUUACUCCUGGUGUAAAAAUUCAAGCAGUUCAGUUUGGUGGUUUGAUGGUUUGUGAUCAUCCAUCUUCCUCUUUAAUUUGGUAAAAUCCGAGAAACUCAUCAUUUUUAAGCGCUCUCUUAUUUUUUUUACAGAGCUGUAUGUUGUAUUGAAAUUCGAUACAUAUCCGAUUUACGUCAAAUCGACUCUGUCUGAAUGGCCAGAUCAGAAUUUGUACAAAUUUUACGCCAAACAGAAGGAAAGAAGUCUGUGAGCAGCUGCAGCGUUAAACUAAAAUAACAUCUUAAUAAUUAAUAAUGAUCUUUUCAGUGAACUGGAGCGAAUUAACAGUGAUGAGCUGAACUCAUUCACAGCUAAUGAGAUUCUAGCUGAAGGAUUAAAGUGAAACUUGACGUGAAGCACAUUUCUCAGUCGUGCAAUGCAUAAUAUUUACAAAACUGUUCAGACAGAUCAGAUAUGAGUCACAUUAAAAAAAGAUCAGAUUUGUUCAGAAACUUGAAUUUAAGCCACGUUUAUUCGCUGUGUGAACGCAGCCAGAAUCACGAGUAUCACAGUUUCUGUUUCAUCAAUAAAAGAAAGUUAUGUUGGUUUAA